AUGGCCAAUUUAGAGGAGACUAACACAUUUAAUCAUAUUGCUAGAGAAAGAAGGCAAGUCAAUGCUCUGCCAUUGGUUUAUCCAUAUGGAGGAACUUAUAAGCUUCUAAUUGGUUUUGCAUCGCCAAUUCCGACUGACGAUUACAUCAGUCUCCUGUUCGCUGCUAACUUUCAAUAUCAAUACCUUCAAUUCACAAAUAUAUCUCAACUAUCGAAAUACUACUUCAUCAACACAGUCUCGAGAGAACAAAGGGAAGCUGACCUAAUAGCACGAAGGGAUGAAAGGCUCAUAUUUUAUAGAGCUGUGGCUAAUAUGAUGCAAAUGCCAGACUACGGGCAUUCACCGUUCGAAGAGAACGACCCGGAUUGGGAGGAAGCUAUGUCAACGUACAAGGAUGCCGCCACCGCCGGCCGCCAGAUGUUUGACUGUGGCUACAUAUACAGCGGCUGUCCGCAAGGACAGGGUGUACUCGACUUUAUUACUACGCUUAGAGAUGAA